ACCGCGAACCCUAACCCCGGAUAAACGAAAUAACAAAGUCUCGUCUUCCAGUCUUCAGAAUAAUCAGAGAUUUAGCGGUUUCGUUUGCUCCAUCACAGAAAGCUUCAAUCGUUCGUCAGCCCCUCAAUAAUCGUCGCCCCAAGGGGUUGCACUCGAGACGUCAUGUAUUCCAGAGGGAAUAAUGCGUACGGUCAACAGUCAUAUGGUGGUCAGUCUGCGUAUGGCCAAAAUCUGGGAGCUGCUUAUUCUGGAAAUCCAGUUGGAGCGACUGACGGGAGUUCGCAAAUUCCAUUGGUUUCGCGGCAUACAUCAAUGUUAGGUGGUUCGGAGGAAGUUGAUGCCUAUAGACCUCUCCCUUCAGCUGCAGCUCAUUAUGGGGGACAGUAUAGCUCCCUCUAUGGUUCAACUGCUUUGAGCACCGCAACUCAGGUUCCUUCAAUGAGUACUAAAGCUUCUGGACCAUCGGUUUUGGAAGGUCGUGGUGGCUAUGCCUCUUCUAAAACAGAUUCGCCAAAGUUCUCAUCUGGUGACUAUAUCACUUCUUCAAGUCAUAGGUAUGGUCAUAAAGGUGAUCAAUUGUAUGGUGAAAAGGCCCCUGAGUAUCCAGCGAUAGACAGAAGGCAAUAUGGUGAACGUCAUAGUACUUAUAUGGGGAUGGAGUUGCAAGGUGAACCAACUAGUCGAUAUGCCGAUUCUAUUGGUUUUGGUCCUCAACAUCAGUCCGAGAUUUAUGAUCGCAUUGAUAAGGCGGUGCUGCUUCGGCAAGAACAAUUGCUCAAAUCUCAAUCACUGCAGUCUGCUUCUCUCGAUGGGAGUGCAAGACAACCUGAUUAUCUUGCAGCAAGGGGUGCCGCUAGUCGUCAUCCCACUCAAGAUCUUACUCCUUUUGGAGGAAGAAUGGAUGCUGACCCACGGAGUUUAUCGAUGCUUAGUGGUUCUUCAUAUGGCGGACAACCCACUCCAUCAAUAUUAGGGGCAGCUCCACGGAGAAAUGCAGAUGAUCUCAUGUUUUCACAAAGUUCCUCAAAUCCUGGUUAUGGAGUCAGCUUACCUCCUGGUAGGGACUAUGCCACAGGAAAAGGGCUCCGUGGCCCAUCACUUGAGUCAGAUUAUCCGAGCAGCUUGUCUCAUGGUGGUCAUCCACGAAUUGAUGAACGCAAGGAUGACAGGGCUAGUUAUCUUCAAGAAUUUGAGCUAAUGGAGGAGGCGCGCCGUCGGGAGCGUUUGCGUGAGAGAGAGAGAGACAGAGAAAGGGACAAGGACUGGGAACGCGAACGCGAUCGCGAACGUGAACGAGAAAGAGAGCGUGAACGAGAACGUCUUUUGGAGCGGCGGGUGAAGGAGAGAGAGCGAGAGCGCAAGCGUGCACUUGAAACCAGGCGGGAACGAACUCCACCAAGAGUUUCUAUUUCUAAGGAUCGCCGCGGUUCCUCUUUGGCAAAAGAGAGGAAACCUUUACGAAGGGAUUCCCCGCAUCACGAAGCUAUGCAUAGGCGUCAUUCACCUGUUAAAGAUAAAAGGAGAGAUUAUGCCUGCAAGGUUUACUCAAUCAGUCUGAUGGAUGUAGAAAGGGAUUAUCUUUCCAUAGAUAAGCGAUAUCCCAGACUCUUUAUACCCUCAGAGUUUUGCAAGGCUGUUGUCAACUGGCCAAGGGAGAACCUUCAACUGUCUAUCCAUACACCUGUCAGUUUUGAGCAUGAUUUUGUUGAAGAAGAUGGUGCAGCUAAGCUGUCAGAGCCAGUCACUGAAAUGUUGGUUGAAGUACCUGAAAAGUCAGGACGUGGAGAUAUAGUGUGGAAUGCGAAGAUUAUCUUGAUGAGCGGACUUAGCAAGAAUGCUUUGGAAGAGCUGUCAUCUGAAAGAGGUUCCGAUGAUCGCAUAUCGCACAUCUGCAAUAUCCUUAGGUUUGCCGUUCUCAAAAAGGACCGUUCAUGCAUGGCAAUUGGUGGUCCAUGGAAUCCUGCUGAUGGUGGAGAUCCAUCAGUUGAUGAUAGUGCUUUGAUUCAAACUGCCUUUUUUCUUUGUAGAUAUGGAAGGGAUGUUGCUAAACUUGAUCUGCAGAACUGCAAGCACUGGAAUCGUUUUCUUGAGAUACACUAUGACAGAAUUGGUAAUGAUGGACUCUUUAGCCAUAAAGAAGUGACUGUAAUAUUUGUCCCAGAUUUGUCUGAAUGUCUCCCUUCAUUGGAUUUAUGGAGAGACUGCUGGCUUGCUCACAAGAAAGCUGUUGCAGAAAGAGAGCGUCAACUUUCUUUGAAAAGAGAGAGGUCACGGGACAAAGAAGGGCUGCAAGACAAGGAAACGGAACCGUCAAAACACAAAAAAGUUGAGAAAGACGAUAAAAAGAAAGAGUCUGCAUCCACUGGAGAUGCAAAAGAAGUUAAGAAAAUGGAGCAAGAUGGUAAUAAUUUGAAAGGGAAUGCAUCUGAAGGAAAGAGUGAUGUGAAUGACAAGAAGCUUGAGAAAAAAGAUGAGACUGGAGGAGACAAAGCCAAGAUUGAGGAUAAAAAGGAACAGGUAGAAAUUGCCGAAGUUCAGACAACGGGAACUGUGAAGACUGGGAAGAAGAAGAUUAUAAAGAAGGUUGUCCGACAGAAGGUUGUUGGUAAGUCAACCAAUGAUAGUACAACCAAGCAGCCUGAAAGUCUUGGUGAAGGAGGAACGAAAGGUAAUUCGGAGACUCCUGGUCAAGAGGAGGAACCUUCUGCUGAUCCUGCAGCAGUGAAAACCUUUGUGAGGAAAAAAGUUAUUAAAAAGGUUCCAGUGGCGAAGGCUGCUCAGAAUGAGGAUAAUACUGGCCCAAAGGUCAAAGUUGAGAAGGAUACCGGCUGCUCUGAGGAGAAAGCUGAUCCACCAAGCGGUGGUACAAAUACAAGUGGGAAAACAAUUGUAAAGAAGAAAGUAAUUAAGAGGGUACCUAAAAGAAAGGUCACUGGUGUUGAACUGAAUGAAGGGGUUGCUAAGAGUAAGAAAGAUGGUGACGGGGAUGAGAAAAAUGUUUCUGGAGAUGAUAGUAUGGGGAAGCAAACAGCAGAUGUAGAAAAGCCAGCAAGCGAUGCUGUAGAAACAGAAAAAAAGGUUGCUUCUAAACCGAAGGCUUCAAAAACACAAGUCAGUGACAAGCAAAUUGAUGCGGCCAAUUCAGCUAAAGCUGAUGCCCAGGAUGUUAAGGAGGAAAAGAAAGAUGAGAAGGCAGCUGGUGAGAGAAGUGGCUCUGUGACUAAAGUGGAGACUGAGACAGACGCACAAAAAGCUCCUAAGAAAAAGUUGAAAGAUGCGGAAAAAUCAAAAGAGGAGAAGGAGAAAAAAGACCGAGAUGGAAAAGAUGAUUCUAAAAGCAAAUCAAAUAAAGAGCUGAAAGAGAGAAAGCCUGAAGAAACUCCUCGACACCCUGGAUUUAUCCUACAAACAAAGUGGAGCAAGGAUUCUAAACUGCGUUCGUCAUCACUUUCACUUGAUUUUCUAUUGGACUAUACCGACAAGGACAUUGAAGAAUCAAGUUUUGAGCUUUCACUUUUUGGUGAAACGCUCUAUGAAAUGCUUCAGUAUCAGAUGGGGUGUCGUCUUUUGACAUUUCUACAGAAGUUGCGCAUAAAAUUUGUGACCAAGAGAAACCAACGUAAGAGGCAAAGAGAAGUAGAAAAACUUGAGAAAGAAAAUGAUGAAAAAUCAGCAGCUAAGCGCCCUAAAGUGAACGAGCAAGAAAAUGAUGAAAAAUCACCUGCUCAGCACCCUAAAGUGAAUGAGCUCCCUGUGAAGAACCAGGCUAUUAAAUCAUCGGAAACAUUGAGUCCAUCUGAGCCAGGUGGCGAGAAACAAGAUGAAGAAAAAGCAGUUCCCCAAGAUAAUAGCUCUGUUGAUCACAUCGGUGAGGUGAAGAUGGAGCCUACAGCAGAUGAAGAAGAAGAAGAAGACCCAGAGGAAGAUCCAGAAGAAGAUGAAGAAAUGGAGGAUGCUAGUCCUCAACAUCACUCCUCUAAUGAGAACAGUGAAGAGGGGAAGAGCAGUGUUGAUCCAUUGACUGGAAAUGAGAAGGAUGAACUCAAUGUUAAGGAACCAGAUAACAAGAAGGCUGCAGAAACAAAGGCCAAGAACGAAGCAGAUGCAGGUGACAGAAUAGAGGGGAAGGUGGAUUCAGGUAAGAAAGAAACUCCCAAGGCAAAAGAGGUUGUUGACAAGGAACUAUUGCAGGCAUUUAGGUUCUUUGACAGGAAUCAAGUUGGCUACGUCAGGGUUGAAGAUAUGAGAUUGAUAAUCCACAACUUGGGAAAAUUCCUGUCCCACAGGGAUGUCAAGGAACUUGUGCAGAGUGCAUUAUUAGAGAGCAACACCGGGAGGGACGACCACAUUCUUUACAAAAAGCUCGUUCGGAUGACCGACAUUUGAGAUUUUAAGCUAUUUGGAUUCCAAAUUUCUUGUAUUUUCCUUUGACGACCACAUUUUUUUACAGAGAGCUCGUUCAGAUGACUGACAUAUGAGGUUUUAAGCCAUUUGGAUUCCGAAUUUUUUGUAUAUUUUCCUUUGACGAUUCUCACAAGGAUAGGAGGGAAUGAACGAUGGGGCUUUCAAUGUUACAAUUAAUUUGUUUCCCUUGUA